AUGUUGCAAAGGAUUGAAAGUUUAGUCAAAGGACUGGUGGUGGUUUUUCUGGCUUUUAUGGUAGUUCAGACCGUUUCGGAUUGCAAUGUCUGCCAAUCGAAUCAAGUGGCCUGCAUCAACUCCACCUCAUUUUACCUGUGUUUCGGCGAUGGAACCCCACAUCGUGAUCAGUUGUACCACUGCCUCGAGGGCUUCGACUGCACCAAUCUCACGGCGAUUUGUGUUCAGAAGAGCAGCCAACGUCCUCCCAGCUGCGGGGAUACCACGCAGUGUGGCCAGUGCAAUGCCAAUCGGAAUUACCUGUUCGCCUGCCAGAGUCGCGGUAUAUUCCAGAUGUGCUAUGGAGCCACCAGGCCCACGGGAAAGUUCGGUUACUGCCCCUCGGGAACCGUUUGCGAUGCCACCAGCACUUCGAUCUGUGUGCCUGAGGUCACAGGUCAAACGCUCACCUGCGACAUAAAUGAUGAGCUAGUGGACACCACCACUGCUUCAACGGUGACCACUACCGAGAGUAGCACUACGGAAAGCACCACUGAAAGCACUACAGAAAGCACCACUGACAGCAGCACUGAUUCCACAGUAGUUACUACAGUGAGCCCCCUAACACCCGAACAGAUGUGCACUCAGCUUAAUGCCACUGGACUUUUCCCCAUCAUUCCCACGGAUCCCUAUUGCCAGCGCUACGUUAGUUGCUACUUUAAUAACAACGUUCUUAUCAGAUCAGCGGAAUAUAACUGUCCGGCGACCUCCUACUUUGUUUCGCAGACCCAGAGCUGCGUGUACGUCAAUCCGGGCUACUGUCUUUGAGGUCGAACACCGC